UGUCAGUAGCCAUCCCCCAGUCAACUGCAUAAACACAACACAGAGAAACCAUCAACUAAAUCCCCUUAAAACAUUUUUUUCAACCCCAACAGCCCUCGAAAACUCUCCCGACACCUCCCGGCACUCUUCCAACCCCCAAACUCUCCCCUAAAAAAUUAAAAACCCCCAAAAGUCUCGUGUGAGCUUUGAACUAACCCCCAAAAAGGAUAUCUUUCUGCAACAAACCCUUCAAAAACCCAAAUACAAGCUUAAAACUAGUUGACAGUGGCCCUGAACCUUGCUGAAGUGGAUAAACCUCUCACCCCUUCCACACCCUCUUCUCUAAACGAAAAAAAAAUACUAAAAACGAUAAAGCAAUGUGACAAACUCCAGUUGAAACCUUGAAGAACAAUACAUUCACUACAUCAUCUUAACCAAAUCAUCAGAAGGACCUGCAGAAAAUAAUUGACAACAGCCCUGGGAUGUCACUAUCUCACCUGAACGAUUGUCAUUUCGACCAGUAUCAUCAGAAGAUUCAUCAGUCGUGAAGAAAACCCUCGCCAAAAGUCCUGGGGCAUCGCCCCCCAAGUGCGUUCAACAUGUCCUCAGACGAGAUAAACCGAACAGCAGCAGUUCCCACCGAGGAGGCAGGCCAGUCAGUCUCGUCCACCUCAGCCCAACCCCUGUCGAACGGUGAGGUGACUUCCCCCAGGCCUCCAGACCAGGCGAGUCGCCAGAACAAUCUCCAGAGGAUCCAGCAGCGCAAGCAGCACGUCUUCAACUGGCCCCAGGUGAAGAAGCUCCUGAAGCUGGCGAACUACAGCGCCUGCCAGGUGGAGGACUGCAAGUGCAACGGCUGGAAGAACAGUCAGCAGGUGGUGAAGAGCCCCAAAAGCGAUCUCCAACCGAUUGCCAACUUCUCCGACCCCUGCAGAAGCUGCACACAUACUCUGGAGAGUCACAUAAGUCACCUGCCGAAGCAGAAUGACGACGAGAUCAAUAAACUGCUGGGGAUGGUGGUGGAUGUCGACAAUAUAUUCAUGGGGAUGCACAGGGAGGAGGACCCAGACACCAAGAAAGUGUACUAUUACCUGUUCAAGCUGUUGAGAAAGUGCAUUUUGUCGAUGACGAAACCUGUUAUCGAGGGACCACUGGGGCAGCCACCGUUCGAGAGACCUAGUAUUGCCAAAGCCAUCACCAAUUUCGUUCUGUAUAAGUUCGGCCACCUGACGCAGAGGGAGUGGCAGGCCAUGUACGACCUGGCGAAGAUGUUCCUGCACUGCUUGAAUCACUGGAACUUUGAGACCCCCAGCGCCAGGAGGACCACUGGGAACGACGAGGAGGCACCUGCGUACAAGAUCAAUUACACGAGGUGGCUGGUGUUCUGUCAUGUCCCUGCCUUCUGCGACUCUCUGCCGCAUUAUGAUACUACUCUGGUGUUUGGGAGGACUAUGCUGAGGGCUGUCUUCAAGUCGGUGUGCAGACAGCUGAUGGAUAAGUGCCACAGCGAGAGGGAUAGGAUGUCGCCGGAUAAGAGAGUGCUGGUGCUUACACAUUUUCCCAAAUUCCUCUCGAUGCUAGAAGUUGAAAUCUACUCGGACUCCCCAAUCUGGGACCCAGAAUUCAAGCAGGUCCCCCCGCCCCAUCUCCACGUCUCCACAGACUCCAAGUCUCUCCUCACACGUCGCACCGGAGAAUUCGAGAAGGUCACAGUGCCCCCGAACGACUCCUCCACGUACACAACCAUCAACAUCUCCCCAGGUAUCAAGAAGCUCACGGAGAAGCGCCCUCACCCCGAGGGUCGCCCGGAGGCGAAACGUCGGCGAGUGGAGGACCCCUUCGAGGACCUCCCAGAGGACACAGUCUCCGAGAUAAUCGCCACAAUCAAUGAUCCUAACUACAUGUGUGGUCCAGAUGCAGUCUUCCCUCCUAAUGUUCCACGAGACGAGACGGCGAAGAUAGAGGAGAGUCGAAAGAUCAUCGAGUUCCAGGUGAUAGGUAACAGCCUGACACAACCAGUCUCCAAGCAAACGAUGCUCUGGUUGAUCGGUCUGCACAACGUCUUCAGCCACCAGUUGCCCCGCAUGCCCAAGGAGUACAUCUCACAACUAGUCUUCGACCCAAAGCACAAGACCCUCGCUCUGAUAAAAGACGGUCGACCAAUCGGAGGCAUUUGCUUCAGGAUGUUCGCCACCCAGGGCUUCACCGAGAUCGUCUUCUGCGCAGUGACCAGCCAGGAGCAAGUGAAAGGCUACGGCACCCACUUGAUGAACAUGCUGAAGGACUACCACAUCAAGAACAACAUUCUGCACUUCCUCACGUUCGCAGACGAAUUUGCCAUUGGUUAUUUCAAGAAGCAGGGCUUCAGCAAGGACAUUAAGCUCCCUCGACUGAUGUACCAAGGGUACAUUAAGGAUUACGAGGGGGCCACCCUGAUGCACUGCGAGCUCAACGCCAAGAUCGUUUACACCGAGUUCACUGCGGUUAUCAGAAAGCAGAAGGAGAUUGUCAAGAAGCUGAUUCAGCAGAGACAGCAGGAGAUACAGAAGGUCCAUCCUGGGCUGACUUGCUUCAAGGAGGGGGUCAGGGGAAUCCCUGUGGAGGCCAUCCCUGGGAUCAGGGAGACUGGCUGGAAGAGCUACGCUCAGACCAGGACCAGGGGCGUUGCCAAAGGGACUCAGGGCCCUGAACCCAUGGAGGCGUGCCUCGAUAUCACUGAUUCGUUGUACAAUGCCUUGAAGAAUGUGCUUAAUAGUGUCAAGAAUCACAGCACUGCUUGGCCUUUCCUCAAGCCCGUGGACAAGAAUGUUGUGCCUGAUUAUUAUGAUCAUAUUAAAUAUCCUAUGGACCUCAAAACAAUGACUGAUCGACUCAAGGCGAGGUACUACGUAGCCCGUCGCCUCUUCAUCGCUGACAUGACGAGGAUAUUCACCAACUGUCGCCUCUACAACAGCCCAGACACUGAGUACUACAGAUGUGCCAAUGCCCUCGAGAAAUACUUCCGAACGCGCAUGAAGGAAAUCGGUCUAUGGGACAAAUAACCCGAAUUCCAUUUUUAGUUUUCCUUAAUGAAUAAACAAUCAAUUUGUGAUCCCAAUUCCAAUUUUCACUAUUUCCGUCUCUGAUUAAGAAGAUUCAAUCUAUUCAAUAUACAUUAGAUUUCUUUUAUUUUUAUCUUCGAAUUUUUAUUUUUCCGAUUGAGCAGAUUUAAACAAGCACUUGGAAAAUUACCGAUCUUUUUUAAGCUGAUGGAGAGAAUUAUCUCCAUCAUGUUAACAACCAUUUGAAUUUUACAACCCAGUUGAUUAUUUAGAAAUAAAGUGGAUAAUGUGCACCUAA